AUGGCCGUCGGACGCAGCGCAGCCCUUAAGAUCGACUGGACGAAGCUGGGCACCCAGCUGAACCUGCGCGGUUCGACCGCGGCUUCGCUGGCCGCCUUCAAGAAGCGCAACGAUGACGCGCGCCGCAAGGUGCAGGUGCUGUCGGAGCAGCCCACCACCGUCGACUUCUCCCACUACCGCAGCAUCCUGAAGAACACGGCCAUCGUCGACCAGAUCGAGAAGGAGUUCACCGCCUUCAAGCCCGCCACCUACGACGUCCAGAGGCAGAUCAAGGCCAUCGAGGCAUUCGAGGCGCAGGCCGUCAAGAGCGCCGAGGAGACCAAGGGCGCCGUCGACGCCGAGCUGCGCGAGCUGGACAAGACCCUGAAGAACAUCGAGGAGGCCAGGCCUUUCGAGGACCUCACCGUGGACGAGGUUGCCGCCGCUCGCCCCGACAUCGACCAGCGCACCGAGCAACUCAUCAAGAAGGGCCGCUGGGCCAUUCCUGGCUACAAGGAGAAGUUCGGCGACCUUUCCGUCCUCUAA